UGUGGCGCGGCACGUGCUGAUUUUGUGAUUUAAAUCGUGUUGGCUAGCGGUCACUGACGGUCAGCGUCACGGUUUGUUUUGCUCUCGGCUUGAAUCAUAGUUGAUUGAUAACAAGAUGGGACCUGGAAUUCUUUACUUUGUCGUCAUCGUUGGACUGUAUUCAAGCUGGGCUGGUCAAUCUAGUGGCAAAAAGGAAGACAAGGCAGCUGUUGACAGGAGACCCAAUUUUGUGAUUCUGUUCGCUGAUGACAUCGGGUAUGGAGACCUUGGUGCCAAUCAGCAGUCCUCUGCACAGUCAGAUACACCAUUCAUGGACAUGCUGGCAUCACGUGGCACAAGGUUCACUGACUUUCAUGCCGGUGCGUCCGUAUGUACGCCGUCCCGCGCCGCACUCAUGACGGGCAGACUGGGCAAGAGGACCGGUGUGGUCAAGAAUUUCUCCCUCUCCUCCGCAGGGGGUCUGCCUCUCAAUGAGACCACAUUCGCGGAGACAUUCAAGGCCGCGGGGUACCAGACUGGGUUGAUUGGCAAAUGGCAUUUGGGGCAUCGUGGGCCGUUCCAUCCAAAUAGAAGAGGAUUUGAUUCUUAUUAUGGCCUGAUUGAGAGCAACGAUAUUGGUUGUGUGGAUGAUCCAGGAUACAAUAUACCUCCAUGCCCGUCAUGUGCAAACUGUAGCAGUGACGACCACCAUGUGUGUUACAAUAAAGUUGCCGUGCCACUCUUCGGGAACAGUAGCAUUAAGGAGCAGCCAGCCAACCUCGUAACUCUCGGAGGGAGCUAUUAUGAGCAUGCGAGGAUCUUCAUUAGACAAAGUGUACAAGCCGUAGCACCAUUCUUGCUGUAUGUCGCCUUUGCCCAUACGCACGUACCUCUGCAGUAUGACCCCAAGUUUGCCAACAGUUCUGCGAGGGGUCCUUUCGGGAACACCUUACGAGAGCUGGAUUACAUAAUUCAGGGCAUCGCGACAGAGAUACGCAUUGCUGGCAUCGAGUCCAAUACACUGCUGUGGUUUACAGGUGACAAUGGUCCGUGGGAACAAAAAUGCGAGUACGCUGGAGACAACGGACCAUUCCAUGGAUUAUGGCAGAAACAGAAAGGUGGUGGAGGAAGCACAGGGAAGCAGACUGUAUGGGAAGGGGGCCAUCGCGAGCCAGCCUUUGCCUAUUGGCCAGGUCGCGUACCAGCCGGUCGCGUCUCAGAUUCUUUAUUGAGUGCCUUGGACAUCUUUCCAACCAUCGCCUCUAUUGCUGGGAUCCUGAUGCCCAAGGAUCGUAGCUACGAUGGCAUGGAUGUCAAAGAGGUGCUGUUUGGAAAAGACUUGCACAACAGGACCCUUUUCCAUCCAACCAACGUUAAAGCGCGUGUGGCUGGAGCUAUUGAUGCCGUGCGUCAUGGUGCAUACAAGGCUGUAUAUCAGACAGGCGGAGAAGAGCAGUGCGGUGGUCUGACCGGCCCCAUCCAGAGACACGACCCUCCCCUCGUCUUCAACCUGCAGACUGACCCACAAGAGGGCUCCCCCUUGGACCCGCACAGUGAAGAGUACAACAGCGCCCUCACCGCCAUAGAGAGGAGCCUGGAGGCAUUCCGAGCCGACCUCGCAAGGGAUAACACAACAGAAGCGGACUACAGUCAAAACGAUAAGUACAUUCCUUGCUGUAAUCAGCAGAAUCAUAAAUGUCGCUGCCACGAGCUUUGAGCAAGUUUUGAUAAAUGUGCAGGUAUCUCUGGUCUAAAGAUGGCUGAAUGUCCUGGCUCCCUGCUAUAUAUAUUGUGCUGAGGGAUUGGUAACCAAUGAUGUCACUAACCUCAGUAGGCUGGUCCCGGAUGGUGUACUAGACUAGUCCAACCAUUGUUGACUAGUGUGCUUUGGAUGAAGAGCACUCUAACCGUGAUUAACCCUAACUCCCUAGCGUAUUUUACUUGGAACUGGACCAAGUCCAUCAAAAUCCAUCAAUCACUGUGCUUCCAAUACAAAACUGUACAUGACAUAAUGGAAUCCACCACUGAUGCACUGGUUGACAUUCACGGACUUGCUACACAUGGCUUUUACCACAAUAGCAGUACAGGAAGCUUGGCAAAAUCAAUUGGAUACCCCUAGCACUGCUUCAGGCCAUCAGGCCCAAGUCCAUCAUUCUCCCUUUAAUAUUUAGUCUCGCAAGGCCUCCUGGACCAUGUCCCCCAAAAUCCACCAAAAUGGGGGGAUGGAUUUUGAUGGAGUUGGGGUGGUUAGGGUUAAGCAUAGUUCCCAAUAGAACUAACUCUUUGCUUUAGGGAUUACAAAACAGUCUAAUAAUUGUAGUCAUUUGUAUUUAAACAGCAAGAUUUUGCUAUGAAAUGUUUUGCACCAUCUCUGCUGUUAAACAUUCAGAUAAAUGUUUUGAUCCCUUGGUCUGAGGUUUAUUUUUCACCAUUUAACAAAACGUGUCAGUACCUCCUCAAAGAGUGCAAACAGUC